AUGGGGAAGAAGUCCAGACGCCAGGGACUUGUCAAACUAGCGGGAUCCCAGGAUAUUGGAGAUCUCCUGCUCCGGCCGUCCAGGGCCCAUGGCACCUUCGCGCCGAAAGAAAAUGGCGACUCACUCUCAGCCUCCUACGAAGAACGGUUUAUGGACGUGCUGGACGAGAUCCCAGACGGAGGGGGACUUCAUCACCCCUCCUCCGAUGAAGACAACGAGCUGCCAUCUACUAAGGGCGACAUCAAAACGCUUCUCCGCAAUAUCUGA